GUUCUACACAUUGCUGGUGCUGUCCACUGCUCUUUUUGGAAGGCCUCCUUUCAAGAAUGUAAUUGUGAAUGGCCUUGUUCUUGCCAGUGAUGGCCAAAAAAUGAGCAAAAGGAAGAAGAAUUACCCAGAUCCAAUGAGUAUUGUAAAUAGUUAUGGAGCUGAUGCGCUAAGGUUAUACCUGAUCAAUUCUCCUGUGGUAAGAGCAGAAAACUUGAGAUUUAAAGAGGAAGGAGUAAGGGAUAUACUGAAGGAUGUCUUCCUGCCCUGGUACAAUGCAUACCGCUUUCUUGUUCAGAAUGUUCAGAUCCUGCAACAUAAGGAUGAGGGACGAGAAUUCCUUUACAAUGAGAAUACAGUUAAGGAGAGCAAUAACAUCAUGGAUAAAUGGAUUCUUUCUUUCACCCAAUCACUCAUUCAGUUCUUCAAAGCUGAAAUGGCAGCUUACCGCCUUUACACUGUAGUCCCUCGAUUAGUGAAGUUUGUUGAUAUUCUGACCAACUGGUAUGUUAGAAUGAAUCGCAGAAGACUAAAGGGUGAGAAUGGGACUGAAGACUGCAUUAUGGCCUUGGAAACCUUGUUUAGUGUUUUGUUCUCCAUGUGCAGACUUAUGGCACCAUAUACUCCAUUUAUCACUGAGCUGAUGUACCAGAAUCUGAAGACACUUAUUGAUCCGGCCUCAGUUCAGGAAAAGAAUACUGAAAGCAUCCACUACCUCAUGCUUCCCCAAGUGAGGGAGGAUCUCAUCGACAAAAAAAUUGAAAGUGCCGUUUCUUGUUUGCAGUCUGUUAUUGAGCUUGGACGAGUAAUCAGGGACAGAAAAACCAUUCCAGUAAAGUAUCCUUUGAAAGAAGUAGUUGUUAUCCAUCAAGAUCCAGAGGCUCUGGAAAGCAUCAGAUCUUUAGAGAAGUACGUACUUGAGGAACUUAAUGUACGUCAAGUGACACUAUCUACUAAUAAAGAGAAAUAUGGUGUCCGGCUGAGAGCAGAACCAGAUCACAUGGUGCUUGGGAAGCGCUUGAAAGGUGCGUUUAAGCUUGUCAUGGCUGCAAUCAAAGAGCUGAAGAGUGAGCAGCUGGAGGAAUUCCAGGAGACAGGCACCAUUGUUGUAGAAGGACAUGAACUCCAUGGGGAAGAUCUUCGUCUCAUGUAUCAGGUUGCAGGAGGAUCUGCGCAGUUUGAGGCACAUUCCGAUGCUCAGGUUUUAGUUCUGCUAGAUGUUACCCCAGACCAGUCCAUGGUGGAUGAAGGAGUUGCACGGGAAGUGAUUAAUCGCAUCCAGAAGCUUCGCAAAAAGAGAAACCUGGUUCCUACAGAUGAGAUUACAGUGUACUACGGGGCACACCCAGAAGGUGACUACCUGGAUACUGUUAUUAAGGAACAUACAGAUUUCAUUUUUGCAACAAUAAAGGCUGCCCUGAAGCCUUACCCGGUGCCUACCUCAAAAGAAGUUCUUAUCCAGGAAACAACCCAACUGAAGGGAUCAGAGCUAGAAAUUACGCUUGUCAGAGGUGGCUUGUGUCAGGAUGUUGGUCCAGCCUGUGCCUACGUCAACCUCAAAGUUUGUGUAAAUGGGACAGAGCAAGAUGGUGUGUUGCUGCUGGAAAAUCCAAAAGGAGAUAAUACCUUGAACUUCACUGGGCUUGUAGAUGCUGUCUCCUGCAUUUUUGGUCUUAAAAAUUCAAAACUGACAGUUUUUAAUGGAAAAACAGAACUGCUAAACAAAACUGACUUGCUGAGUCUCAGUGGAAAGACUCUGCAUGUGACAGCAGGGGCAGCACCUGCCCUGCCCAGCUCUGCCGAGGCUCUCCUCUGCCAGUACAUCAAUUUGCAGCUAAUGAAUGCAAAGCCACAAGAAUGUCAGAAAGGAACAGUGGGAACUCUUCUAAUGGAAAACCCUGUUGGGAAGAAUGGCUUGACAUACCAAGGUCUUUUACAUGAAACGGCAAAAGUCUUUGGGCUCAGAAGCAGGCGCCUAAAACUGUUCCUGGAUGAAGCACAAACUCAGGGUAAGCACAGACUUGUG